GAAUAAAUGCGACAAUUUCAAGGGGAUUGUAGUUAAGGAACUAAAUGGAAUUUUUGGAAGUCAUAUUAAUUGCUGUUUGAUAUGCAAUAUACACGAUUUUUUAAAAAUUGUUUUAAUUUUUAACAAUUAUUUUAUUUUUUUGUAUAAAAUAGUUUUCAACAAACAUGAGCACGAUCAGCGCAACGAUCCAUGUCGAGAGCGUGGUCUAUACUCGGAAGAGCCGUUCGCUCCAAAACCUAUAUUAAUAACCUGUCUCUUAGUAAGAUACGAAAAUCGACCCUAUUGGCCCGUAAGAGUAGCUUGAAGACUCCGAGGUUCCAAAAUACUUACCGUCUGGAGGCCUGCAAGCCUCUCAAGAGCGAAGUCAUUGAUAUGAUCUUAAUCGACGUGAUGCAAGAUUACCUAACCGGUGUGAAAUAUCAUCCUCAGGUUUGCAUGCAACUCUGCCAGAGAAUAUCGGAGGAAGUGCGUGACAAAAUUUGCAAAAAGUUUUACGAUCGAUACAAAAUCGUAGUUAUCAUGUCGAUCGUCCAGAAGUUAGGGCAAAGCGUGCGAAUGGAUUUUGGCAAAUUAUGGGACGUUGAGAGAGACACAUUCUCGACUUACGUCAUCGAGACUGCAGAAUUUGCUGCGAUGGGCCUCGUCGUGGGGACUUAUUACGAGUGAGCGAGUAUUAAAAAGAAAAAUUCCAUAGAUGGGGAUUUUGCGACAAUGGAGCAAUAAGCCCUAACACACAUUAAUUCUGAGUCAAGCAAAAAUUAAAAAAAGAGCGUUUCUAGACAAAGUUUUAGAAAUAAAAACGUAUCGGAUAAAAUCAAUCAAAAACGAAUUAAUGGAAAAAUGUAUUGUAUGCAUAAUAAUUAACACGAAUCGAACGUUCGUCGAUGUUAAUGCUUGUAGAAAGGAUCAUUGAUCCACACACACACACUCACACACAAAUUAGAUCACGUGUGUUUCA